AUGGAUCCCAUAAGAAAGAUAGAGAAGGGCACUGGUGAAAAUGGCCGUAAUCAGCUUCACCCAGGAGUUCACACUUCCAUCACUCCAUCGAGGAUAUUCAAAGCAUUGAUCCUCGACUCACACAACCUCAUCCCCGGAAUCGCUCCAGAGGGCAUCAAGAGCAUUGAGUUUGUUGAGGCAGAUGGGGGUAUUGGAAGCAUCAAGGAGACCAACUUUGCUUAUGGUCGACACUUGAAGUGGCUGAAGAACAGGGUCGAGGCAAUUGAUGCAGGGAAGCUUGUCUGCAAGUACACUCUGAUCGAGAGCGAUAUAGCAUUCGACAAGAUUGAUUCGGUGGUUAACGAGGUAAAGUUCAUAGCAUCCAGUGAUGGUGGGGGGUGUCUGCACUACGUGAAGGCCCGUGUGGAGCUGAAAGAGGAGGACAUUAAGCAAGGCAAAGACAAAGCCAUGGGGACUGUACAAAGUUGCCGAGGAAUACCUGCUCGCCAAUCCCGACGCCUAUGCUCAAAUGAGAGUGGUUCGGAGUUUGGUUAAAGUGAGAGCUCGUGUAUUGUCUAAUUUACAAUUCCCUUUUCUUUUUUUCUUGAGUGGGUUUUUUCUUCAGAUUAGGCUCUAAUUGUUUUUGGCAAAACGGAUCAAUAAAACAUAUUCUUGUCAUUUUACAGCAAGGAUGUCAAUGACUGUCA